CAUAAUCCGCCGUUGCAGCCAUUGCUCUGAGCAUUUUUACACAGACAGCUCUGAUCGCAAUUGGAUCCAUUGGCGGCAGUUGAUGCAUCACGAAGCGGAAUAGGAGAGAAGAGACACAGCAAUGGGGCAAUCGUCCUCCACCGACCAGCCAUCUCCUGAGCAACGGGAAGCAGAAUCCUUAGCUGCGUCCACAGGAGCACUUCCGACGCUCCAAAAGACAUUUUCUAUCCUCUCCGAUCCCCAAACAAACAACAUACCAGUUGAAUCUCUUAAGAAAUGUUUCCGAUUUACCAUCGAGAACUCUGCGAGCGAAGUAACUAGUGUACCUGAAGAAUUUCGCGUUCUCUUGAGUCAUCUGAGUUCAUGUAUAGUUGAUCUUUUCUUCUUAUCUGAAAAGGGAGGAGUGAGCUGGGUGGAGUUCUUGAAAGGCUAUUCUAGGUGUUGUGGAAGGAGAAUUGCUUCCAGUUUAUUCAACAAUCUGUUUAGGGUUUUUUCUUUGAUGAAUUCGAAAGCAGGUCUUCCUGAGAAACUGCAGUUCGAUCCAGAUGAUUAUGAAUGUAAAGCCAAUGGAUAUCUAUUGCCCCUUGAUAUAUCGAUGCUUCUUUGGAUGUGUUGGAUUAUGUGGUCGGAUUGUAAGAAGCUGAGCUCUACGGAAUCUUCAGGACAUUCUGGGCUUCUUCCAGAUGUAAGUCACUUGGUAUUGUCAGCCACUGAAUCAUGUAUUGAAAAUUGUACCACUAAAUUGGACAUUUGGGAAUCUUCAACUUUACAAACCAAUGUUCAACUUCCUGCUGCUAAGAUCACCAUGUGGGCCUUGAAGACAUUGCCAAACCUUGCAUAUUGUCUUUCACAAUUUGUCCAAGCAAGACUUUUCUACUUUGCAGCCCAUGAGGACAAACUAAAACAGGGGUUGCAUUUUGUGAUUGAUAUUUCCCAAAGGGAUGAUUCCAUUAGCAACCUCCUUACUCGUGGAAGGGCAUGGGCUAUCUCGCUUACUUUGCAGAGCACUAUGAGUGAAGAAAUUUCAAAAGCUUGCUUUUCAAGUAGUGCAGAUGAGAUGAAUGAAUUGAUUCUUUAUCGGUCAUCAAUCCAUGGGAAAGGUUUGAACAGGUUUUGGUCAAAAACUGAAGGAUAUAAUGGUCCAUUGUUGAUUUUGGUGGCCGCUUAUGAACCUAAUAAACAUGACACAAGAAAAUGGAUUAUAGGUAUUCUCACUAAUCAGGGUUUAGAGAGCAGGGAUUCGUUUUAUGGAACUUCUGGUAGUUUAUAUGCUAUUAGUCCAGCCUUUCAUGUUUACUGGUCUUCAGGGAAGGAGAAAAAUGUUGUUUAUAGCCACUUGCAUCCAACUGCUAGGAUGUAUGAGGCUCAUCCAAAGCCCGUGGGAAUUGCUUUUGGAGGAUCUAUUGGCAAUGAGAGAAUAUUUCUGGAUGAGGAUUUUGCUGUAGUCACUCUACGUCAUCAUGCUGUUGACAAAACCUACCAGAAUGGUCCCCUUUUCCCCGGUCAGGGGUUUUUGCCACUUGAAGCUUCAAUAGUUGAUGUUGAGGUAUGGGGGUUGGGAGGGAAAAAAGCGAAAGAGAUACAAAGUGCGUAUAAGAAGAGGGAGGAAAUCUUUACUCAGCAAAGGAGGAAGGUGGACUUGAAAACGUUUGGGAGUUGGGAAGACUCGCCUGAGAAGCAAAUGAUGGACAUGGUCACUGAUCCCAAUGCUGUUCGCCGCGAAGAUCGAUAGUCAUUAAGAUUCAGCUUCUGCCCCUCAAAUUUCAUACAGUACUACGUAUGAAAACGUGUUCUGUACAAAAAUGUAUAUAAUCUCUGCAGUGAAUAAAAAAUGUUUAUCUUUCAACCUGUUGGUUGUCCUUUACCGUACACCUCUCUUAUGCCAUGAUGCCAUCUCUUCAAGAUAGUAGCUACACGUAGGGGAUGACAAGGUCCUGGUCGGAGUCAGGAUCGGCUGGUUCGUGGGACCAGACUGGACCUUGGAUAGCAAUUUCGGCUAGGGAUGGGCCAUGGGUGCCGGACACGUGGGCAGCCGGAUGCCGAUCCUGGUUAUGUAAUAUGGGGAAUUGGGGACCAUGAUUGGCCGAUCCAGUCUUGGUUCCUAUAAAUAAUCUGUCUCGGUCUUCUUACCUUCAACUCUCUCUUGUCUUCAU